AUGGCUGAUCCUGAAACACACGCAAAAAUUCGGAAGAAUGAUAUUUACGGAUUAUCAACUGGUUCAUCUUUAAUUACUGCAGCGCUUAUAGCUAUUUUAUGUGUAGCAUUUAUUGCACUAACGAAAAAUAUGCAGAAACCGGGCUGCUAUCGUCGACCGUAUAAUGCAUCACAACUUGGUCAUGAAGUUUUGUUGGAUGAUGGAUCUCAUCAAUUCCGUAUAGUGGUUGUGACGGAUCUUGAUAAGAGCAGUAAGCAUCCGACAGAAGAAAAUCAAUGGCAGAGCUUCAUAGAAUUUGGUGUUCUCACGGUGAACAAAGAAUAUACUGAGGCAUCGCUGCAAUGGAACAGCAAUGAACAGAUCUCACUUUAUUCGACAAUUGCGGGUGGUGGACGGUCGAUGGAACUAUCAGAUCUUGUCGUUUUCGAUGGAAAUUUGUUAUCAAUAGAUGAUCGAACUGGAAUUAUAUAUCGAAUUAAAAAAGACAUGGCUUAUCCCUGGAUUUACCUCAAUGAUGGUGCUGGAAAUACAACGAAAGGUUUCAAAGGUGAAUGGAUGACGGUGAAAGAUGGUAAUCUUUACGUUGGUGGACUUGGGAAAGAAUGGACAACUACAAAAGGUGUAUUUGUGAACGAAAACCCUAUGUGGGUCAAGCUUGUAACUCCUGAGGGUAGUGUUGAACAUAUCAGUUGGGUUAGUGAAUAUAAAAAAUUACGUUCGGCAGUUGGGAUUGAAUGGCCUGGUUAUAUAAUACACGAAUCAGUUCAGUGGUCAGAAAUCUAUAGGAAGUGGUUCUUCUUGCCCAGAAGAGCCAGUAAGCUAGCAUACACCGAAGCAGGGGAUGAAGAAAGAGGUACUAACUAUUUGCUUGUUGCUUCGGAGGACUUUUCUAACAUAAAAUACCAACAGAUUGGGCCAUUAAGCAGUGCAAGAGGCUUCUCAGCUUUCCAGUUUGUUCCUGGCACUAAUGAUCGAAUAAUUGUGGCAUUAAAAUCGGAGGAAAAAGAUGGACUCCCCGUAGCUAGUUAUAUAACAGUAUUUAAUCAUGAAAUGGGUCAUAUCUUGCUUGAAGAAGUGCCACUCUUUGGCAGGUUCAAAUAUGAAGGAAUAGCAUUUGUUUGA